CAGGGGGGUUGGUCUUCCAUUGACAUGAUGGGCAAAGAAUUGAGGAAUAUAUAAGGGCGUGCGAUUCCCCAGAAGUUCAAUCACAACCUCUCCAGUCUUCAAAUCAUCACUCAUCCUCAAGCUUCUUACUUUUGUCCAUAUUUCCCAUCUCUCAUAUCAAGCACCUACCAACACUCUACGUUGAUCAUGGCUCCAACAGAGAUGAUUCAAGUCGGCCUUCCACUGCACAGUCCACGGCCAGCCUCCCCACCCAAGACCCCGACGAUGAGCGACGAGGAUGCUAGUGAGAUUUUCACAGCUAUGAAGAUGCAUCCCACGUCUCCAAACCCUCACUAUUAUCGGUCUGAAUUGCUGCCUUUCGCCCAACAGUUCUUAGACGUUCUCAAGUCUCUCAAUUCCACGCAGAGCGCCCCUGCAGCCCUUGCUGCCGCAGACGAAGUUAAAGCCGAAGACCCUCCAGAGACAUACAAGACAGUCAAUGAAGUUUGGGAUGAAAAGGCGUGCAAGUAUGUCAUCGAGGAACAACACCAACCGGAAGAAAAAGUUGAUGGACUGGAUCGAUACGUUUUGAUAGAGCGCAGGCGUAUUAUCAAGAAAACCGAAAUACCAGUGGUCUAUAUUGACAUCAAGUCGAAAUUGCUCCGAGAUACCUUGAGAGUUAUACUUGCACAAGCUCCUGAGAUUAGUCUCAACGAGAAAAGCCUCUCCGUCGAGCGAAAUAUCCUCUUCCACUAUCUCCCAGAUCUCGAGGCGUCCCGCAAAUGGAAUCGCGUUGAUCCCCAGGACAGCAUCAUCCGGGAGCACAUUGCCCUCCUUAUCAAUCAUAUUAAUUUAUCCUACAAGGAUACGAAAGUACGGCUUGUUUCAUUGUUGAAAACCGGAGAGAUAACUUACGACCUACUACCGUUUCUUUUCAAGCCAAACGAAUUUGUGUAUACCACUUGCCGCGGGACGAAAAGCCCACGAUGCAUCAGAUUCGAAUCUGGCGAAGCGAAAGUAACCGCAGAUGGAGUUGAAUAUUUCCACAUCAAAGGAAAGUAUUUGGAAUUUGACGGGAAGAUGCUUGGGAAAGUUCCAAUCGAAACUGCAAUUCUCGGGUUCCGCGGAUUGAGAAAUAUCAACUCUCUCGAGGCAUUUCCUCUCCAAUAUCACGAAACAGAGAAGAGCAUCAGAGAAACACUUGUCAAAUGCGGUCGCAAGUUCUGCUUCUCUUUAAUCGGGACCCAACAUCGGCAAUAUAGAGGCAGGGCCUUUCAGAUGAAGAAAAAGAAACCCGUUGAGAUAUUUAUCAACAGUAGAAUUAUGGUUGAUGCCGCAUCAUUUCAGGAGAUCAAUCCCAACUACACCAGACCAAGCAUCUUCAAGAGCUCUGACAGUAUUGAUUUGUGGCUAAUAUUAGAUGCGGCUUCUAGCAACCAGAUCGAUGAAUCGGCUAUGAAGAGCAGUAUGGACCUUGAUGCGCUGACCGAUGAAGAUUUUCUAAUCUGUAGCCCGACUGUGCUGGGCUUCAGUCUGAAUGACAAAUUAUGGUUGGAAUUUGCGGUUGCAGACAUUUCGAAAAUUUCCUGGAAUGAGUCACUCUUCAAUCAAGUGGCUAUACCGUCUAGGUCAAAGAAGCUCAUUGAAGCUCUGACCACGUUCCAGUCUGGUGGACAAGCUAAAUAUACGUUUGAUGAUUUUGUGGAGGGAAAAGGCCGUGGCUUGAUUAUGCUACUCUAUGGUCCACCAGGUGUAGGAAAGACAAUGACAGCAGAAGGGCUGUCGGAACACCUCAAGAGGCCUCUGUACACAGUCUCUGCCGGAAACUUAAGCAAGGAUGCGAAACAUCUCGAGGUGCAAUUGUGUGAGAUGUUUGAAGUUGCAGAAAACUGGAAAGCUUUACUUCUCCUCAAUGAAGCUGACGACUUUCUGUGCAAGCGCUCAUAUGACUCUAAUCACAACUCUCUUGUCUCGGUCUUUUUACGGAAGCUCGAGUAUUAUAAGGGCAUUAUGUUACUUACCAUGAACCAGGUCAGAGACUUUGAUGAAGCAGUGCAGAGCAGCACAUUGGUGUUAAGGACAGCCCCUUAGGCGUUGAUACGAGAAAAGCGAUCUGGAGGACCUUUCUCGAGAGGGCAAAAACAGAGAACGGGAAUGCAGCGUAUAGUGACAAGCAGUUGAACAUCCUGGCCAAGCACAGUCUCAAUGGUAGACAGAUUAAGAACGCAGUGCGUUCAGCACAUGCCAUAGCAAGCAGCGAUGGUACACACCUAUGCUAUUCUCAUUUAGAGAACGUCCUCGAGGUUGGAAAGGAG